AGUUCCUGAAGGGGCCCUGCCGUAGGCCGUGAGAGAGGUUCGAAGUCAUCCCAAGGCAACAGGGAAGGCCCAAGAUAAUAAAAUGUGAGGCUGGAUGAACACUGCAGGCCCAGCAGCAUCUCAGGAGCACAAAAGCUGACGUUUCGGGCCUAGACCCUUCAUCAGAGAAGGGAGACCCAUUUGGGGCACUGAGGAAUCAUGGACUUUUUCUCCCAAGCUGGCCUAUCUUAGCGGGCAGCAAUGUGGGUGGAACGGCCAAGGAGCCAGGCUGGCGAGAAUGCCAGGCCGGUCUCACCUCCAGGAAGCGAGGAAAAAGAACUCAACGGGGCUGAAGCAGGGAACUAAAACGUUAUCAGCAUCAACUCCCUCUCAAUCAGUGAGCGACAAGGCCACGGCAGAACAACGCUCAGAGGCUUCGGGAAUCACCUGCGACACACAGAUCACCGCAAGACGGCCGGAGCUGUGGGAGCAGUGUGAGACAGAGAGAGAGAGAGACCGGGCACCGACACAGUCUCUCGUCCCCUCCCACUGGGGAAUCGCUGCCCCAACCACAGAGAGAAGGGGAGAGCCGAGUGCCAUGGCGGAGGGGGAGCGGGAGCUGGCGGAGUUGCAGGAGACAUUCCGAAGGUUCGCCAUCCACGGGGACACAAAGGCAAGUGGGCACGACAUGACGGGGAAGAAUUUCGCUAAACUCUGCAAGGACUGUAGGGUCAUCGAUGGGAAAACCGUGACGGGCACUGACGUGGACAUCGUCUUCACCAAGGUCAAGGCCAAGGCUGCCCGUGUGAUAACGUUUGAGGAGUUCCGUCAGGCUCUGAAAGAGUUGUCGAGGAAACGGUUUAAGGACCUGUCCGAAGAGGAAGCCAUCGAAGCGAUCUACUCCCUCACUGCGGGGAAGGAGCCAGCGCUGGUCGGCGUUACGAAAACCACCAAAUCUGGCGCCGUCGACCGCCUCAUGGACACCUCCAAGUUCACCGGCUCACACAAGGAGCGCUUCGACGAAGAAGGGAAAGGCCGAGGCAAGGCUGGCAGGGAGAACUUGGUGGAGCACACCGGCUUCGUGGCAGCCUACAAGGGCAGGGGCACCUACGACCAGAAGGUCAAAGGCACUAAAUGAGCCCUUUCGGGACCGACCCACCCUCCCACCUCCCAAUUAACCUUCGCGCGCCUUCUCUCUUGUCCCCCCCUACCCACCAUUGACCCCGAGCCAAACCCAGCCCCAGCGCUGAACGGAACCCGUGUCAGGCACCCCGUCUCCUUUGGUCUAACAGCUCCAGCAAAGAUGAGGGUCAGAAAGUGCUUCUGGGUCGGACUCCCUUUUCUGUCUCUGCGGCCCCCUCGCUCUCCCACGCCGCUCAGUUGACAAUGACCCGUCGCUCUUCCAGCGUCUAUAUCCGACCCCCCAACCUGGCCCUGGAAUGUCCUGUCGCGAGGCUGAUUCGAUUCCACCCCCCACCCCCCCCAACACCCCACAAGCAUCACUUUAAGACCUGUGACAAUCAGGUCCCUUCAGCAAGGUCAGGGAGACAGAACCCCAGCCUCCUGGCUCUCUUUCACCCCCCCUCCCCGCCGCCACCAACUGCUCCCCCAGCCUUGGGAAUGAAGUGCACAUCGAGGGCAUGCCCGGGGUGGGGAGUUUGUUUGGGGUGGGGGUGUGGUGCAAUUUAGCCAUCAAUCCCAUCAGCCCCUGGUCUCAAACGGAUCGCGCCAACAGAGAUCAGAAUCAAAGCCUCUGUGUGGGACUGCAGGAGGAGCAGAGGGAGCUUUACCCUGUAACUAACCCCGGGCUGUCCCCCUCCCUGGGAGUGUUUGAUUGGGAGUGGGUGGCAGUGUAGAGGGAGCUUUACUCUGUAUCUAACCCUGCGCUGUGCCUGUCCCUGGGAGUGUUUGAUGGCAGUCGGGGGGUGCAGUGUUGAGGGAGCUUUACUCUGUGUCCAAGUGCAGAAAGGAAGUUAGCAAUCCUCCCCAAAUCAUCCUCAGUUUGACCUCGGCAGCGGGGGCUGGGGGUAUGGGGGUGUUGACCAUGUGGUCAUGAAGCUGGGCACAAUGACCAUGGACUGCAGCUUCUUGGGGGGUGGGUGGGGAGCUCAGGGGUCAGGAGGGAGAGGGCGAUGGGGAGGGAAAGGAUGGCAUGGAGCACCAAGAGGGAGGGAUGGUUGAAUAGCUCUCUGUGCUAACCCUAGACGGAGGAGGGAAAAUCACAGAAUUGACAUCUCUGGCUCCCUUCGGCCUACAGACCAGGCCGACGACAUCCAUAAUGGCGUCCCCCUCCCCCACCCCUGCCAACCCCAACACCGGUCCCUCCACCCCAAUCCCCUACCCCUGCUUUGGAGGGGUCAGAACUUGAUCAACAGGGCAGGGUUUGAACCCACUCAGGGUUUGUGUGGGGGGGGGGGGGCGGCGAAAUGAAAUGGCAUACGGUCAUCCUCGGAUCUAAGGGAGCCCGCCUGCCAUUGCACCCCUCAUGCGUUCUCGAUGGGGAGGGCAGUGUGGACGACAGCCAGGGUGGGGGUGGUGUGGGGGUGCGCAGAGAGGGCGACGGGGAGGGAAAGGAUGGUGUGGAGCACAGAGGGAGAGAGCGAGAGGGGAAAGAAACGGACAGGCAAACAAAGGGACUAGCUUUUGGGGAGCCGAGAGGCCGAUACACCGGCGAGGAGGGCCUGGGGAGCUCCAUUCCCUGGUGAGCAGCACACGGGAGGGGAGGGGGGCUGAAUAUACUCGGGGCUGAGCUGGAGACAGAGAGAGUUUCCAACGGGCAAGGGGGAAGAAGAGGCAGGAAAGUUGAGGGCUAGUUCGGCCAUGUUGGAACGGCCGAGCCUGAAGGCCUGAGAGCCUACUCCCAAUUCCAAACUUUACUUGAAGGAUCUCGGCAAACACGAAGGGCACCCCCCCCCAAACCCCACCCCCCCCCGACAAAUUCCUUCUGAUUCCAUUCAUGGAGAAUGUGGGGGGUGGGUAGAGAUUGUAAGAAUAUAGUAUUUUCACCUGGUCGAAUGACCUGCCCUUGCUCGGUCUCUGAGGGGAGGGGGCGCGGGGAUCGAAACAUCGCUCCCCUACCUCCACCCCCCCCCCCCCACUCCCCGCCAGACCCACCCCCUCCCGUCUUAGACCGGCCCGUGCCAAAUCGUACCCUGACCGCACGCGCUCAGAGAGAGAGCGAGACGUCUCGGCCCGUCUACUCCCUGCUCUGCCGUCCCUGGAGAAGGGGGAGGGGGAGGUGGCGGGGGGUGCACCGCGGUGCAGAUGGAGGGGAGAAGGUGUGAGGUCUGGGGCUGGGGGGUGGGUGGUUUAAAGGGGAGUGUUGGGCAGCAGGAAAGUUGAGAUCACAGCCCCAUUGGAGGAGUAUCCUCCCCCUCCGUCAAUCUCUCUCUCCCUCUCUCUCUCCUGUCUCUCUAUCUCUCUCUGUCUUUUCUCUAUCCUGCUCUCUCUCCGUUUCUCUCUCUCCCUUCCACUGUCCCUGUCUCUCUCUCUCUCUCUCCCCUCCCUCUUGCCCUCCCGCUCUGUCUCUCUCCUCUCUCUCUCUGCGCUCUCUCUCUCCACACUCUCUCCCUUCCUCUGUCCCUGUCUCUCUCUCUCUCUCUCUCUGCAUUGGGAGUGAGGGAGGGAGUCCUCAGAUCUCUGAGAGAGAGAGAGAAAAUAAGGGGGCUAUCCCCUCACGCCCCUCGGGCUGGGGAUUUGGGAGGGGGUGGGUAGCGGGGUGAGGAGAGGGAGCACGGUCGAACCCAGUUGAGCCAGCCUCCGGCAAUCCCGGCAGCCGGGCGCAGUUAAUGCUUUGUAUGCAGUAAUAAAACCAGCUCUCACAUCGUGCAUCUCUGCCGUGGAUCUCUGACUGUCCGAGAGUCGGAAAUCUGACUGUACGUUGGAAAAUGUUUGGAGGUGACAGAGGCGGUGGGGAAAGAGAGAGCCACGUUUUACAAUAUAAAAACACACAAGAGACAGCACCCACCCCCCGACCCCCGAGACAGCGACAAACACGGCAAAAACACUGGCUCGGU